AUGUCGACGGUGUUGCAAGUACAGCCAUUUUCCUCGAGUCCCUUUGGUCUGCGUGAGAAGAACAUCGAGUCUUUUGCGCCUGCCUUCACCUCUGUCAAUGGCCGCCAUUCAUCGAGUCCUCCAUCCACCGAUUUGAAGUCAACCCCCUCCAUAGGAGCAGCCGCCUGGAGCCCAAGUGCCCCAAGGCCCCAGAACGGUUCCGACAGCUCCGGCAAUUCCGUCUCUCCCACCAUGACGGGCAGUGCAUCCCCUGACAGCCCAAACAAAAAGAGGCGCUCCGAGCCUCGAGAGGACGAAUAUGCUCGUCCUAGUCCAGAUCAACCGGUAGGGCCUACCAAGCAGCAGAUUGUACCCUACCAACCAGUCGCGCCACCUCAGUCUGGACAUGCAUCCAAAGAAGACACGCACCAUCGUACCCUGCCUCCCUUGGAGCGCUCCGAUAUGGAGAGACGAUGGGCCACUGAACCUCGCGACUUACCACAAAAUGGUUACCAGGACAUGCAAAGACGCGAAACUCGGCCCGCGGAACCAACCCACAAUCCUGGUCCAUCCAAUCCACCGCAUGCCCUUGUCAAGGUUAUGAGUGAUCCCCAUUAUGAGGAUGAACACGCCCGAGAAAUUGCGCGCGCUGCUGGCAUUCAAGUCGAACUUAAGAAGAGAAAGAGGCAAUUCGCCAACCGAACGAAAACUGGAUGUGGCACAUGUCGCCGACGCAAGAAGAAAUGUGAUGAAAUGAAGCCAGAGUGCAAUAAUUGCACACGAGGAGCCUUCAUUUGCGAAGGCUACGCAAACAAGAUCCCGUAUCCAAAGAACGGAACCCUGAAGCCGCCACCGCCACUACAAGCCAAGGAGAGACCAUCCGGAGAGCCUACUUCAACGUACCCCUCUUGUCCCGUCUGCAACCAGAUUCAUAUUCCACACUGUGAAAGCCCUCGCACCACGCAGGCUCCGUACUCAGCGGAAUCCCAACCCCAGUUGUCAAACGGGCAAGAUGGUGCCCGCAGUCGUCCCAUCCCCAUCGAGGACGAGCGUCAACUACCAAAAUCAAGCACCUGGACGGGCAAUGGCUGGAGUGAAAGCGCACCACCCCCACCCCCACUGAGGACUUCCUACCCCUCUGAACCACAUGCGUAUUCUCAGCCGCCUAGCAGCUCCAGUCACGAGCGCCCAACAACGCACGAGCAUUCGGUGCUCCACCACCAGCAUUCAGAGCCACCACGCCAACAACACAACUCUCGUGUGUACCACCAGACCCCGCAGAGCAUGAGUCAGGGGUUGGUCAGCACCCUGGCGCCUGUUGUACCCCCCAAGACGACGACACAUCAUCAUCAAGUGGCACAGCACGCUCGGCAGCCGCCUCCCCCACCACCACCGGUUAUAGUACCACCCACCAUUGCGCCACCUGGACCGCCACCCAGUCUGUACACGCCACAUCCUAGGAUGCACAAGUCCGAGAAAGAAAAGAUGUUGGCUGGUUUGCCAUUUCUACCCUUCGACAGGGAGCUAGUCAACGAGCGUACACAUUGUGCUGGUGCAGUGUACCAGUUCAACAGUACAGCCAAUGCUGCGGUGAGCAUUGCAAAGGAUGAGCGUGGACGUUGCUUCAAAACCAUUGUCGCUGCCCGGUGGAUACCACCACACACUACAGAGCAUCCCAUUGUCGGCCAUCUUGGCGGUAACGUACACGUUGCCGCACCAUUCCUUUGCGACUAUGGCUACAACCUGUCCAUUGCUGAGAAUGUCGUGAUUGGGUCGAAUUGCGAACUCCACGACUCCGCCAGGAUUGCCAUUGGAAUGAACACGAAGAUCGGAAAUCGUGUGAUUAUUACGACCCUGAAAACUCCGACCGACAUCAAGGCUCUCAAGGGCAGUAAUGGCACUGAGAUCGCACAAGAGGUCUUCAUUGGGAAGAAUGUAUACAUAGGUGACGGCUGUAUCAUCGAGGCUGGUGUCAGGAUUGGGGACAACGCCAUUGUCCGCCCUGGGUCUGUCGUCGUCCGAGACCUUCCUCGUGAUUGCGUCGCACAUGGAAACCCUGCCUUUGGCUGA